GUUUUGAUUGUGACUCAAAUGGUUCGGGCAUGGAAAUUGGUAACAUUGUCCAAAUUGUGAGCCAUGUGAGCCUCAGGAACACGCAGGUACAUGCAAAGGGCUGGCAGAAACAUCCAGGUGCCAUUUCCGGUUCCGAGAUGAUUGUUUUCAUGCCCAGACAGAUGCUCACAGACGAUAUCUGCAAGUUCUUUCCGCUGUCUUUUGAUCAAAUCUGAUUUGCCAAUGAGGUGCGCUUCACUUCCUACGACACCGUGCCGUUUGAAAUCCGUGUUCGCAUAAAGGAGCUCACGGACAUCACGGUAUACAAGGAUUUUGGCGAACGAAACGACGUCUACAUCAAAGCGGAGCUGAUCACGAAAUCGGCAGGUGCAAUGUCCAAGCAUCUGAAAACCUUCCGAACAGACACUCACAGAUAUGCUCGGGAGAGGGCCAGCUUCAACUGGCAGUGGGCAUUCCAAGUGUCCGCUCCAACUCUGUUUUGCUCCCUGGAGUUCUUCGUGGUGGAUGAGGAUAGCUUGAGCCUCAACGAUGAGAUCUACCAGUCCAAGGUUCUACCACUGGAUCAGGUGAUGAUCAAGUCGUAUGAAAUCUACAGAAAGGGGCAGUCAUGCCGGAGAGUAAUCCCGCAUGAGAUCUUAUUUGACUUGGCCUCCACCCACAAUUCGGACGAACUCGCACAUGAACAGCCAGAGGAGGUCCAGGAGCGCCUCAAGAAGUCGUGCCUGACGCGGAUGCGGGUGUGUUGCAUGCGGUGCUGCGUGUGCUGCUACCGCUGCUGCUGCCGCCGCCGCCGCAAACCAGAAGUGGAGGUGCUGAAGAAGCCGGCAAAGCUCAAGUUGGAGGUGGAGGUUCUCACGUUGUCCGAAGCUGCGGAAGACGCGGUGAUGGAGUCCGACCGCAUCCCCGGCGCCGAGCCAAAGGACCGCAUGCAGUGGCAGCAUGCGCUGGCGGACCCGCCGGGGUUCUUCUACAACUUUGUGGGGCCAACGAACUACUACUUCCUUCGGAGGAGCUGCCGAUGCGUCACUUGUUUGCUGUGUACCUUGAUUCUUCUAGCCGUGAUUUACCUCGUCUGCCAGAUCAUCUUGCCCAUACUCGACCUUAGCGACCGAGUAGCUGGCACUGAAACUGGAACUGGCACAACGCGAUGACUGAUGAUAAUCUGCGAGCUGGCCGCCGCAAAGCAGGGGGCAGGGCGUGUCCUCGCUGUUCCAGUUUAUCGACGGUAUGCCCGAAUUCACAUGCCAAGUAAUUCGCAUGGGGCAUUUUCAAAGCGGCAGGCAAUGGCCAGUCAUUCUUGCUGCCUCUUUGUCCCUUUAUGUUUUGUUUACACAGCGCAGUGAGAAAUCUCCUGCGCUUUGCUGACGAAUUUAAGGCAAGUCUCCCCUUU